UUUCUUUUAGCCCACCCCACUAUUAAUGAAUACCUUGUAUCUCUUUUCCUCCCAAUUUUCUGCGGUUUGAUCAUAAUAUUACGAUGAGUGUGAAAGACAUGGAAAAUCAACCGAUGAUCGCGUUUGUCGGAGGUGGAAACAUGGCGGAAGCCAUGUUGGGUGGCCUUUACAACUCUGGUUACCCCAAGGAUCACUUGGGGUUUUCCGAACCAUUCAACGAACGGCGGUCCUACAUGACAGAAAAGUAUCCCAACGUCAAGUCAUUUUCAGACAGCAAACAAGUUGUGGAGGGCGCACAGAUUAUAUUCUUUGCCGUUAAACCACAAAUUAUGCCUGCAGUGAUGGGGGAACUGAAAGAGAAACUGAAGGAAAAUCCCCACGCACUGCUAAUUUCGGUGGCCGGUGGUGUAACCACGGACAACAUACGACGAUGGCUGAACGCUUCGUCUAAUGUAUCCUUGAUUCGUAUGAUGCCUAACACACCCAUGCUGAUUGGCGAAGGCGCAGUGGGUUUAUUUGCCACCGACACGGUUGAUGCAAAGCAGCGUGAGCUAACAGAGACCAUUCUACGAACCGUUGCAAAACAACUGGUAUGGGUCAAAGAUGAAUCGCUUCUCGAUACGAUCACAGCAGUCAGCGGAAGUGGUCCUGCUUACUAUUUCCUCAUCAUGGAAGCCAUGCGUAAGUGACAUUUGAAUUAUUCACUUUGAGGAGAGAACCACUCAUUCAUCACCCGUUGGGGGACGGCACGCUUCUAGAAAAUGCUGGGUGCCGUGCAGAUGGCGUU